UCAAAAGUGAUUAUAUGUUGACGAUUUGCACACCUAGAAAAUCAUUUUAACAGAUAAUCCUGUGUUUAUGAUAUUAUUGAAUUGACUUGCCAAAUGAUGAAGUGUUUUUAAUGUUUAUUAAUAUAAUUUGAAACUUUUGAUGACAACAUUGUGUUUAUAUGAUUAAAGAAGAAUAUAACAAGACAAUGGAGAAUUCUACAAAAAGUGUUAAACCUGAAACAUCAAAAGACGAAGCAGAAGAAAGACUGUUUGGUAGUGACAGACUGGAAGAAGACAGUUCUAAUAAAAAUGAGACAGAAACAACUAAAACUGGAAGCAGUUCGAGAAAUGAAAAUCUGACCUCCCCUGUUAUAAAUCGAGCAAAGUCUUCAUUCCUCAUCACAGAUAUUCUAUCCUCAGACAGGACUAGGAUACCACCGGGUAGAGAUGACAGUGCAAUGUGCAGCGACGAUACCGCACAACAAAGACUUGGGGUGUACGCUCAAGUUAGCCGUACUCCUUUCAAUGCAGAAUCUUUUGAUGAACUUGUUAAAAGAAAGUACGGUAUUAAAAGGUCCUAUGAUGACACAGAUUUGGCGUCAGAACCAUCUUCGCCCGUUUCUCAAACCGAACAAUGUGAAAAUCUAGAUGAUGAGGACAUCGAAGCUGCUGGAUGCUCCAAGCACAAGAAGCCAAGAAAAGCUAGAACCGCUUUCACGGAUCAUCAACUGAAUUGCUUAGAAAAGAGCUUUGAGCGACAGAAAUAUUUAAGUGUCCAAGAUAGGAUGGAACUAGCAGCUAAACUAAACUUAACGGACACCCAAGUAAAGACAUGGUAUCAAAACAGAAGGACAAAGUGGAAGCGCCAAACUGCAGUUGGUCUGGAACUUCUUGCAGAGGCAGGGAAUUAUACUGCUUUUCAACGAAUGAUGCAUUCUAGCACAUACUGGUCCCCAUAUCACCAGCAGACGGCAAGAAUUCUGUCCUCCAUUGAUCCAUAUUACUUACGCUCAGCCAGCACAUCACUUCCGUCUGCCCAGAAUCCACUUUUGACACGGAUGUUUGGACUUCAAUCGUCAAUUGGAAAUUUACCCUCAUAAAUUUUUUUUUAAUUUGAAAAAAGAGAGGAAGGUGGUAUUUACAUUCUCACAACGACUCGUACAAAUACUUUUGUAAAUUGAAUGUAUAUAAAUCAUUGCAUUUAAAAUAAAUUUACUGUAUAUAGAUUUUUUGUUAACUAUGA